AUGAGCUUGAGUGCAUUGCUAGGAAAAAGAACAUUAACUUUGCCGAGUUUUGUACACUUGUGCAACACUAUAUUCCCACAUGAGGCACGUGACACAGAGAAUGGUCUGUUAGAGUCUUUUGAGUUGUUUGAUAACAACCUUGAUGGCUUUAUUUCAUGUGACGAGCUGCGUAAUGCAUUGUCGGUUGUGGGAUUAACGGGUGAACAUGAUGAAAUGGACGUCAAAAAGAUGAUCAAAGCCUUUGAUGUGAAUUCCCAUGGGUUGUUGGAUUUCAAUGAGUUCAUGGAUUAA